AUGAAGGGCAAUGGAGAAAGUCAUCUACGACUUCUACUCGGACCUCUUCGACAACCACGUCUACCUGCCUACCCACCAUCUUGGGCAAUACAAAUAUAUCGUUCCUCCGGUUCCCCCUUCCGAAAUCCGACAAGUCAUAACGUCGCAAAGAAUUGUACGGCGCCCUGUCCCGACAGGAUCAAACCAUACAUUCAAAGAAUCUGCCAUCACUUAAAGUCAGAAAUUCGGCCGAGCUCUUAA